GCAAAGGUACAGAUCAGUGUGUCAGCACCUAUUAUACCAUUCCGAGAGACAAUAACAAGACCUCCAAAAGUGGAUAUGGUAAAUGAAGAAAUAGGAAAACAGCAGAAAGUUGCUGUCAUACACCAAACAAAGGAGGACCAAAGUAAAAUUCCUGAAGGAAUUCAGGUCGAUUCAGAUGGGCUUGUUACAAUAUCUACACCAAAUAAACAAGCUACUCUCAGCGUAAGAGCAGUGCCACUUCCUGAGGAGGUAACUCGACUUCUUGAAGAAAACAGUGACUUAAUUCGAACUAUGGAGCAACUCAACACAUCUCUGAAUGAAGAUAAAAAAACCCACGAGAUAAAUCAGAAGACUCUUGAUAGGAUCAAGGAGUUCAAACAAAAGUUGGAGCAAAAUCUGCAGGGAAGAAAGUGGAGAAAUGCUGUUGAUCAGAUCUGGUCAUUUGGACCACGGAAGUGUGGGCCUAAUAUUUUGUUAUAUAAUUUUGAGGGCUAUAACAGGUCUGUGUGGCAGUGCCUUGGGAACGCUGUGAAAGAAGUAAGUAGAUACAGAGACUUUGACAACAGCAUAGUGAGUGGGUUUCAGCUGGCUACACUUUCCGGUCCCAUGUGUGAAGAACCCCUCAUGGGUGUUUGCUUUACAGUGGAAAAAUGGGAAAUGAAGGCUGGAGAGAUGCUGUCAACUAGUAGCCAGGACUCAGGGGAACGUGAUGCCUCAGAAGAUAAACAAGGGGAGGAUACUGCUCCAACAAGCAGUUGCACCGAUGAAGAAGUUUGCAGUGUGAACGAACACCAGGACAGCAGUCAGAGUCUUCCAAAAUCACCCGAGAGAAUUAGUAAACACAAGGGAGAGGUUUUACUUGCAGAUUGCUAUGGUCCCUUCUCUGGACAACUCAUUGCCACCAUGAAGGAAGCUUGUCGUUACGCUUUGCAAGCAAAACCACAGAGGCUUAUGGCAGCAAUGUACACGUGUGAAAUCAUGGCUACUGCAGAAGUUCUAGGUCGUGUGUAUGCUGUCUUGUCCAAAAGAGAAGGCAGAGUGUUACAAGAGGAGAUGAAAGAGGGGACGGACGUGUUUAUUAUUAAGGCAGUCCUGCCAGUAGCAGAAAGCUUUGGUUUUGCUGAUGAAAUCAGGAAGAGGACGAGUGGCCUGGCCAGUCCACAGCUGGUGUUCAGCCACUGGGAGAUCAUUUCCAGUGACCCAUUCUGGGUACCAACCACGGAGGAAGAGUAUUUGCACUUUGGGGAAAAGGCAGACUCAGAGAACCAGGCCCGCAAGUACAUGAAUGCAGUAAGAAAGCGAAAGGGACUUUAUGUAGAAGAAAAAAUCGUGGAGCAUGCUGAAAAGCAAAGAACUCUCAGUAGGAAUAAGUAGCUGUGUCUGCUUCCUUUCGCUCCUGACUCAGCUAAGUGCGGGUGGGUUAUUUUCUAUGCAGCAGAUUCAAAAUUUCAUCUGGACUUUGUUUUUUGACACCACUUUUGUUAUAUGCUGUAACGUCUGUGGCUUAUGUUUUAAUAAACCUAAGCCUUUCCAGCUUUUAUACAGAGAAAAUAGUUUAUUUAUUGAGAUAAAAUACAGGCAUAUUCAUUGCAUUUGGUCUCGAUUUUUAAAACUUACUGCCCUGUUGAACUUUCUACCACAGGAGUAGGAACUCCUAAUUUAAUUUCUUUCUUUCUGAUUUACCAGAUACAAUUACAGUUAGAACGGCUUAGCUGGUUUGUUGCAAAUAAACUGUGCACUGAAUUUAGCUCCUU